GAUAAUCUGUGUUAUAUUGGAAAUCUGUGAAUAAGAUAUUGGAAUCGCAAAAUUAAUUUGUUGCAAUAGUAGUAUAUUACGUAUGUAAAUGUAAUUUAAGCUGAAAAUAAAGUGUGUGUCAAUUAAUUUCCAGUGUCAUUGCCGAUUUAAAAGUGAAUAAGAAUGUGCGUCAUGUAAAUAUAACCUCUAUCGAGUGUCAUCAAACCGAAGGUUGUUCCGUUUUAUUUUUGCUGUAUAUCAGACAUGGCUUUGCAAUUAUCCCGCCGGGAGGUGGAAGACCUUCGUUCAUCACUAGAUAGAGCGAUAUAUAGGACUAUUGGAAAAUCUGAUAAUUCACUUUUAUCCACCGUGUCCUCCUGUCUGACGAACGGAUAUGAGCGUCGUAAAAUAAUAGAUAAAAUUACCGCCCACAUAGACUCCAAAAAAGCAAGCAAAUUAGCAGACAAAGUCUUGGCCCUUGCUCAAGAAUUAAUAUCUACAUCAAAGACACAAAAGCGGAAACAUGAGGGAGAUCGCGACAAAGAAAGUAAAAGAUCCCGGUAUGAUGAGAAGGACAGUAGACAUGAACAGAAAGAGACGCGGAAAGAAGAGAAAACCCCUAUACAUGAUGAGAAGGAGAAAAAGUUGGGUAAUGGUGCCACUAUUGAAGCUUUACCACUGCCAUCAGUCAUGCCUGACGGAGAGACUGUUGGAUCUAAGAUAGCUGUACUCAGUGCGGAUAGGAUAAAGCUAAUGAUGGCGAAUGCACAGAAAGAGAUAGAAGAACGUAAACGUGCACUAGUCGAUAUGCGUGAGCAUAAGCCUGGUGUAAAUGUGGCUGCUGCUACUGCGGCACAACUCAAAGCUCAACUGCAGAACAGUGUAAUGCCACCACCCAGUGUUAUCAAGCCAACAUUAUAUUCCAAACCAGCGGCGGCCCCGAUUUCUGCGGAGGAAUUGGAGAAGCAAAGAAAAAUAGCCGAGCUUCAAGCCAGGAUACAGAGGAAAUUAGCAGGCGGUGCUUUAAACGCGUCUGGGUCUGCUGGACCCGCUCCCCUCAUAUUGGAUCGCGAGGGACGAACCAUAGACACUACAGGGAAGAGAGUACAACUCACACAUGUCGCACCCACACUUAAGGCUAACAUUCGCGCCAAACGUCGCGAAGAGUUUCGCGCGACUCUAGCAGCGCCGUUAGCCGGUGCGGAGUCGCGCGAUGCGACCGCGGGCGCGUGGGUGGACGCUCGCGUACCCACUAAACCCGCCACUAGAGCGAAAAGGGCGCUGCGAUUCCACGAACCUGGCAAGUUCAGACAACUAGCGGAGAGGCUGCGAAUGAAGGCUCAACUAGAAAAGCUGCAAAAUGAAAUAUCACAGAUAGCUAGAAAAACUGGCAUAUCGUCAGCAACUAAACUAGCAUUAUUGGCAUCAGACACGCCAGACUCGGACAGAGUGCCAGACAUUGAAUGGUGGGACAGUGUAAUCUUAAUGACGCCAGAAGAGCGAGAGGCGAAACGGCGACAGUCAAGUGCGAGCGGGACGGAUGAUCGUACGGACACUCAGAGAGUGGCCGCUUGUAACAUUGGCGAAGAUAAUAUAGUUGACAAUCUGAAUCUUGCAGCGGUCACCAAUCUCGUUGAACAUCCACAGCAGCUGCGGCCACCAACGGAACCUCUGAAACCGACUUACAUGCCAGUGUUUCUAACGAAGAAGGAGAGGAAAAAGUUGCGUCGUCAGAGUAGAAGGGAGGCGUGGAAAGAGGAACAGGAGAAGGUCCGCUUGGGAUUAGAAGCACCGCCGGAGCCGAAGCUCAGGAUAUCGAACCUUAUGCGUGCUCUCGGCACGGAGGCGGUACAAGAUCCUACAGCUAUUGAAGCGAAAGUUCGAGAACAAAUCGCUAAGAGGCAGAAGACGCACAUAGAAGCAAAUAAAGCGAGAGCACUGACAAAAGAACAGAAAAGAGAAAAGGUGGACAGAAAAAUUAGGGAAGACACGUCAAUGGGUGUACAUGUAUCUGUAUAUAGAGUACGCGAUCUGUUCGAGUGCGCGUCUGCCAAGUUCAAGGUGGAGGUGAACGCUCAGCAGCUGCACAUGACCGGCGUGGUGGUGCUGCACCGCGGCUGCUGCGUCAUAGCUGUGGAGGGGGGGCCCAGGCAACAGGCCAAGUACAAGAGACUGAUGCUGCAUCGCAUCAAAUGGGAGGAAGAUACGGUGAAGGACGCUGAAGGUGCAGACAUACCUAACUCCUGCCAUCUAGUCUGGGAAGGGAUUACCAAACAGAGGGCAUUCGGUGACAUCAAGUUUAAGGUGUUGCCUACUGAGAAGCAGGCAAGAGAGCUGUUCCAGAAACAUGGUGUAGAACACUACUGGGACCUGGCGUAUAGCGGUGCCGUGCUGGGAGCCACGGAAGAGCCCUAGGACUCCGUUGACAUAGUGUACACUUAGUGAAUAAAAUAUAAUGACGAACUGCAA